AUGAGGGAGGAGUCGAAGAGGGACUCGCCAGUAGGUCGGGGGACGCUUGGACGGUCCGACGAGUGCGCCGACUCGAGUCAAGCCCAUGAGGGUCCCCGUAAUCCAGAUCCUCGCUACUCAGAUCCCCGCUACUUUGAUUCCCGCUGUAGUGAUCCUUGCCGGAGGUUGCAGCGGCACCAGACAUGGAAUUGCGCAGACGACCGUCGCGCGCGGAGGAGCGGAUGGCGGGACGAGGCCGCGGAGCCCAGGGGGGGGAUCGGGCACGCGGCGACGCCCCACGGGAGGAGCGGACACGCGGCGGAGCCGCGGGUACGACACGUGGGAAACACGCGCGAGUGGGCGGCGCGCAGCGGAUUGAAACUGGACACGUCGGUGACAAUUUUCGAGGCGGCUCGAGAAUCGACUGGGACGGGGGACCGGGUGACGGCGCUGCGCGGCAGUAUUGAGACGAGCAGCUGGGAAGAGGUAGAAGCGCGGUGUCGCCAGCUGUCGCACGCCAACGUGGACAUAACCGCCAUGGACCUCACGCACCUGCCGCCCUCUCCCGCGCCCACUCCCACAACCGCUACUCGCUUCUCUCGCCCUCUCCCGCUCCUCUCCCCGUCCGCCGCCUCCGCUGCCGCCUCUGCCGCGGCCUCUGCGUUCAAAUCCGUGUCACGCGCUGCCCUCGCCAUCACGUCCCCUCGCUCUGACCCCCGUCCAGGCCUGCCCCUGCCUAGUCCGAGAAGCCUUCUGAGUCUGCCUAGUCCGGGUGGUUUUUUGGGUCUGCCUAGUCCCAGGGGCGUGCUCAGUCUCGCCUCCCCUGGAUCUACCCGGAGUAAGCAGCGCCAGCAGUGGGCGCAGCGGGAGGAACGGGAGGAGGAGAGGUGGGCGGUUGGGGAGGGGCAGGUGAUUGAUGAGGGGGAAGCAUUUGGGGAGGGGGAGGCGAGUGAGGAGGCCGAGGUGGUUGGGGAGGUUGAGGCGAUUGAGGAAGGCGGCAGCUCUGAGCGUGGUGCGGAGAGUGGUGAACUGAUGGGUGCGAGGAUGAGUGGGAGGAGGAGUAGGACCGAGGUGACGAGCUGGAGUGGGGAGGUUGGCGUGUGGGGCAGGAUCAAGGGCACCGCUUUAAGGUCUGGUAACCUGGACCUCGCUAUAAGCAGACUCAGGGAGUUCGCUUUUGCGCACGGGUACUGCCACGAGGGAGUGCAGGAGGGCGAUGGUGGUUAUAUGGCAGCAUCAUGUGCGGGCUCUGGUGUUGCAGCGUGCAUGAGCAACUGUAGCAGCAAGAGCAAAGGUGGGAGAAUGAGCAGCAGUAAGAACAAGAGCAGUGGUGGGAACUUGAGCAGCAGUGGGAAUAAGGCUAGCAGUGGUGGUAGAAUGAAGGAGGGGUUGCAGCAGCGAGGGUGGGGGAGAGUCGAGGGAGGGUCUGUGGAAUCACUAGACUCGCUGGGGUCUCCGUCUGUGCGCGUGGCCGACUGUGCAACCCCGCACGGGCUCUCAGUUUCCAUGCUGAAGCAGGAUGCGAGGGAUGGGCAGGAUGGGCUGAAGGGAGUGAGAGGAGGGGAUAAGGAGGGUGGCAGGGAUAGUAGUGGAGGCAGAGCAAUGCGACGAGACAAGCUGGUGGAAAAGAGAGAGGAGGAAGUGAGGCGUGUGCUGUCUUUUACCGAGGGCACUGCUCAAGAGAAGAGGAUGAGUGGCGCUGCUUCUCUUCAUCCUACUGCUGCUGCUGCUGCUGCUGCUGACGGUCCUCCCACACGUCUCCCCUCCUCCGUCUCCUCCUCUGGUCAAGUCACCACUGCUAAAUCGUCAUCCCUCUCAUCCCGCCAGCUCAGCAUCACAACCUUCUCACUCUCCUCACCAGCUAGUUCCAUCCCCACAGGCUCUCACAACCUCGUACACUCCACCCACCUCACCUACCCCGACUGUUUUGACUGCCCCGAGUAUCUUGACAAUUCCGUCUGCCCUGACUGCCCGGAUUGCCUUGACUACCCCGAACCCCCUCUCUCUGUGUGCUCCACUCACUCGCUGCCCUCCACACACUCUGUAACCACUGCUGCCGGCUUCUCUCGCUCCAGGACUAUCAGGGCUGCGGGUCUUCCCCCUGUAGAGUUAAGCAGGCCAGCUCUGCAGCCCAGAGAAGGUGCAGCAGCAGUAGUUGCUGCAACUAGAAGCGGCCCUUUGUUCUGA